GUGAAGUUGCAUCUUUCGCAUUUGGAGAAACGCGACUACGUGCUUCGACCUUGUGGCAAGUCUACAGCAAUUCUUCUUUUCCGAGCACCCUCCGAGGAAGCUAAAUUGGGGUGGUUGAAGAACCUCCAGUCUGCCAUUUCCAGCGCUGCUAUCACCAGUACUACCACCACAACACCACCGCCACCCCAAUCCUCAUCCCUCUCUCUUUGUUCCACGAAAGUUGCCCGAGACGGUGAGUGUUGCUAG